AUGUCUGUUCAAAGCAGCUCAAUUCAAAAAAUAGAAUACUUGCCUUUAGAUCAAAUAAUCAGACCGAUUCCUCCGGUCCUCGAUUACUCAAAGAUCGAUACGAUGGUUUCAACACUAAAUGGACAGCCAGCGGCUUCCCCUACCUGCAAUAUUGAAGACAUCACUCCAGGCGAGCUGCCUCCCAUUGAUGUUCUUACAGUUUCUGAAAACGGUAAAAGAAAGUUUUUUGCGUUUGGAGGAUGCCAUAGAUUUCAGGCUUACGAAAAGAGCGGUAAACAAUUGGUAAAAUGCAAGAUUCUCCCUUGUACGAAAAAGCAGCUCAGACUUUAUUUGGGUUCUUCCGUUGACAGCUAUUUCGAAGAGUGA